AUGGCUCUAGGGCCAGUUCGAUAUCUCCUGUUUGCUGUCACAGUUAGUGCUUUUUGCGCAAUCCCGAUCCCGGAGCAGAUCGGCUCGAAACUCAACUAUGGAUCCUCCUCGUCGUCGUCCUCUUCGUACUCCCAGAGCGAUGCCGCCGCCGCAUACUCAUCCAACAAGGUCAUCCCCGCGGCCGACCGCAUGAACGCAACCUUCGUAACCUUGGCCCGGAACAGCGACCUUUGGGAGAUGGUCAAGUCGAUCCGCACGGUGGAGGACCGGUUCAACCGCAACUAUCACUACGACUGGGUGUUCUUGAACGACAAGCCCUUUGACGAUGAGUUCAUCAAGAUCACCUCGGCGCUCGUCUCCGGAGAAACCCAUUAUGGCGUGAUUCCCAAGGAGCAUUGGUCAUACCCCGAAUGGAUCGAUCAGGAGAAAGCGAAGAAGGUGCGGCAGGAGAUGGGCGAGAAGAAGAUCAUCUACGGCGACUCGGAAAGCUACCGCCACAUGUGCCGUUACGAAUCGGGCUUCUUCUUCCGCCACCCGCUGAUGCUGAACUACGAAUACUACUGGCGUGUGGAGCCCAGCAUCGAGCUCUACUGCGACGUCCCGUUGGAUCCGUUCCGGUUCAUGAAGGAGAACAACAAGAAGUACAGUUUUACGCUCAGUCUCUACGAAUACUAUGACACGAUCCCGACCCUCUGGGACACCACGCAGAAAUUCGUCGGCGAACACCCGGAACACCUCUCGAGCGACAACUCCAUGGGUUUCCUGAGUGACGAUGGCGGCAAGACCUACAACAAAUGCCACUUCUGGUCCAACUUCGAAGUCGGAAGCCUGGAAUGGCUGAGAUCGAAGGCGUACAUUGAUUACUUUGAGACCUUGGACCAUGCCGGUGGGUUCUUCUACGAGCGGUGGGGUGAUGCCCCGGUCCACUCCAUUGCUGCUGGUCUGCUUCUGGACAAGGACCAGAUUCAUUUCUUUGAUGAGAUUGGCUACUAUCACGUGCCAUUUACCCACUGUCCAACCGAGGAGAAGAAGAGACUGGACCUGAGAUGCUCCUGCAACCCUAGCGAGAACUUUGAUUGGAAGGGUUACUCUUGCACAUCUCGGUACUUCCAGAUCAACAACCUGGACAAGCCCAAGGGCUAUGAGGCUCAAACCUGA